GCAUAAGAAUCUAAGUCUCUGAGGAAGGUAGCAUAGUGUGCAGUUCACUGGACCAAAAGCUUUGGCUGCCCCUCUUCUGGAAAGCCUGGCCAUGGGGCUCUUCAUGAUCGUUGCAAUUCUGCUGUUCCAGAAACCCACAGUAACCGAACAACUUAAGAAGUGCUGGAAUAACUAUGUACAAGGACAUUGCAGGAAAAUCUGCAGAGUAAAUGAAGUGCCUGAGGCACUAUGUGAAAAUGGGAGAUACUGUUGCCUCAAUAUCAAGGAACUGGAAGCAUGUAAAAAAAUUACAAAGCCACCUCGUCCAAAGCCAGCAACACUUGCACUGACUCUUCAAGACUAUGUUACAAUAAUAGAAAAUUUCCCAAGCCUGAAGACACAGUCUACAUAAAUCAAAUACAAUUUCCUUUUCGCUUGUUUCUCAACCUAGUCUAAUAAACUAAGGUGAUGAGAUAUACAUCUUCUUCCUUCUGGUUUCUUGAUCCUUAAAAUGCCCUUCGAGCAUAUUCUAAUAAAGUGCAUUGCCAGUU